AAAAUGGCGGCGACCAUGACCAGCGUGGAAGAAAUUCGGAAUCGAAUAAUACUGGGAGAAUAUGAUGUGAAGAAUGUCCACACGUCGGAUUAUCCUGGCAACUACCCCGGCUAUGAUGACGCCUGGGAUAUGCGGAAAUUUCAAAAGAACUUCAGAAUCGACAUGGUGCAUCUGAACGAGAGCACGAUGGAGUUCGACAUGGUGGGGAUCGAUGCAUCCAUCGCCAAUGCCUUCAGAAGGAUCUUACUCGCAGAGGUGCCGACCAUGGCCAUAGAGAAGGUGUUCAUCUACAACAACACGUCCAUCGUCCAGGAUGAAGUCCUGGCCCAGAGAUUAGGCCUUGUCCCCAUCAAAGCUGACCCUCGUCUGUUUGAGUACAGGAGCCCAGGUGAAGAGCCCGCAGAGGAGGAAGGUUCAGAAAUAGACACGAUUAAACUGCAGCUGAAGAUUAAAUGCAGCAGGAACCCCAGAGCCGGCAAAGACUCGGCUGACCCUCGAGAGCUGUAUCUGAACCACAUGGUUUAUUCCAGCCACAUCAAGUGGGUCCCCAUCGGGAACCAGGCAGACGUCUUUGCGGACUCCGUCAUCAGACCGGUGCACGACGACAUCCUGAUCGCUCAGCUGCGCCCGGGCCAGGAGAUGGACAUCGUCAUGCACUGCGUCAAAGGACUCGGUCAGGACCACGCCAAGUUCUCUCCGGUGGCCACCGCCAGCUACCGCCUCCUCCCAGAGAUCACCCUGCUGGAGCCGGUGGAGGGGGAGAAGGCGGAGCGCUUAAAGCGCUGCUUCUCCCGAGGAGUGAUAGACAUCCAAGAUGUUGAUGGGAGGAAGGUUGCCAAAGUAGUGAACAGUCGCUUGGAUACAUGCAGCAGAGAGUUCCUCCGGCACGACGACCUGAAGAACGUGGUGAAGCUCGGAAGAUUUCGAGACCAUUUCAUCUGUAAGUUCACAGACAGUCAAACAGAUCCACGUGAAUGAGGUCAAAGGUCACCGUGAACAUCUCCCGGCCACCAUAGAGCUCACAGGGCAGUGUAGGACUUUCACAUAUUUGUUUAAGGGGGCAAUUUUUGCCUCCACUGACGGAAAUCCAGGGGCAAAAGUAAGAAAUAUACUUAUUUAGGCUUAGAUUAAUGAACAAUGGUCCUAAAGAUGGCAAUAACAAGACUAUUAGCCAGUAGUCUACAGAUUCAAAGUGUUUUCUUCGAACAAAAAACAAACAGAAAUCAGACAAUCAUAUCCUAUUUUAUUCUUAUUUCUUUGUGGUUAUUUAUACAAAAAUGUACCUACCUAGUACCGCCUAUCCAGAUGUGACACACAACAGAGAACAAAAGACCACGUUAAAGUCUACUUUCUAUCAAUAAAGUGACGAGGAGCACAUCACCGACCGCGCAAGCCCCGGGACACGGUGGUCCGACGUGAACAAAUAACAACAACAAAAAUGCUAUUAAAUUAUCGAAAUUACGGGGACAUCUUUUUGCCCCUCUGAGUGAUAUCAGGGGCACAGUUAUAUUUCCUAGCGCCAGUUUUGCCCUUUUCCCUAUCGGUUAUGUAUUUAACACAAAUACACGGAUCACAUGGUGCAAUGUGUCUGAGCUGCUGCUCCCCUGAUAGUGAGUGAUGCGGUCGAUUUAGGACCCAGUAAAUAGUUCCAUCUGUUAAAGCUGCAGAGGUUGAACGUGCUGCUUUUGACUGGCGGUCAAAUGCGUCGGCUCUUUAAAGCAGAAAGUCGCAGGUAACAAGAUGAUCGAUAUAGUUAUGAAAAGUAGACGUCGAUGGAAGAACGCCCCUAUCAGGCUUCAGGGUGUUUUUUCCAGCGUGAGAUGGAGUGUAGACCGCUGAACGUAGCCUGGCUCUGACUGAGGAUCAGAACAUCUGGCUCACUAAUCCACAUGUUCUAUGUUCGUUUAAUCCCCCACAAAGACCAACGUGUUCUGAUGUCGGGGUUUGACCGUGGAGUUAUGUGCAAUGACCUUAAAGUCACGGUGAUCUUCCCGUUUCCAUUGUAAGAAGUUGUGAAGCGUACUCUUAUUUGGGUGGAGAUUCCAAGCAGGCGGACGCUAAAAGGAGGCGGAGUUAAACGUCUGCAGACCACUGAUUGCUUCAAAUAAUCAAUAUCAGUGUUUUCACGUGCCCGUUUGCGUCGACCUUGCAGCAGGUCGUGUUGUUGAUCUGCUGCGCCUCA